CUUGAAGAUUUUAGUUGUAAUUUUUGUCAAAAUAAAUAUUUAAAAAUUCUUAAACAGUAUUAAAGAUGAAGUUGCACAUUACUUUAAUGUUGUUAUGGUGGCAGACAAAAACAGUUCAGCGUUCUCAUUAUGAUUCAAGUUAUAUGGCAGCUGUUGUUGAAUAUAGUCCUAUUAUUUAUUCAAUGGAUAAUCAAAAUCUAGGACAGUUGAACGCGGAAAAUUAUUUGAAAAUUAUUGAUAAAGCUGCUAGUUAUGCAAUAGAUAUAAUAGUAUUUCCGGAAUCUAGUCUCACAAUAUCUUCGUACAAAAAUGUCACAUUCACCCGAAGUCAUCUAGCCUCAUACAUCCCAGAUCCAGUCGACAAUAUAAUUCCGUGCAUUGACAAAUCCAGACCUUAUGAAUACUCAUUUAGAAGUAUGUCGUGCGCAGCGAGAGAUUAUCAGAUCUACGUAUUAGUAAAUCAUCGGGAAAAAGUGGAUUGUACUCCUGGAAAUGGUUGCCCGAACGAUGGUUUGUUAAUCUACAAUACAAACGUAGCGUUCGAUAGAAACGGCAAAGUAAUUGCUAGAUAUCGAAAAUAUCAUUUAUUCCAUGAGGUCGGGGUAAACCGCACCAAAUCAAUUCCUACGGCAUUCACCACAGACUUUGGAGUUACUUUUGGAACGUUCAUCUGCUUCGAUAUACAGUUCCCGACACCCGCACUAACCUUAAUCCGUGAUCUCGCUGUCACGGACAUUCUGUAUCCAACGCACUGGUUCAAUUUAUCGCCUUUCCUCUUUGCUACUGAGAUACAAGCUAGUUUUGCCUAUGGAACUGAUAUUAAUUUACUAGCUUCGGGCAUUAGCCGUCCAGAUACUGAUAACACUGGUUCCGGUAUCUAUCUAGGUAAACAGGGUUACAUAGAUGUUAUAUCAAAGAACAAAAGAUCGAAUAUUCUCUUGGUAGCUGAAAUACCAAAAGUAAUCAAAGGACAGCGCACGCGAAGUAUUGAUAGAAGUAAGGUGCACGUUUAUGAAUUCACGAAGGAAGAAAUAUCUACUGAAGAAACCGUUAUCCUUAAAGAACAUUAUAAAGUUGAUCCGUUCUUAAAAUUAUUUUCAACGGAAUUAAUUAAUCUCAACGAUAAAUCCCAAAGCAAAACCGUUUGCGACCGAUCAUUUUGCUGUGAUUUUGAAUUAACGAUUGACUUUGAUCAAAGUAGCAUCACAAAUGGUUCACAGUAUUAUCGAUAUCGUUUUGGAGCUGUAAAUAAAACUCAGUACGAAGAGUACCUCGGUUUGGAGGGAAUCAACUCGUGUGCCAUAAUAGCUUGUGCCAAUGACACCAAAGAUAGCUGCGGAAUUAUUUUUCAUAACAACAAAAAAACUAUCACACCGAUAACUUUUACAUCGUUGAAAAUAUCAACGCCAAAUAUUACUAAUGACAAUAUUUUUGUAUUGCCUUCAACAUACUCGCAAAAAAUGAUUCCCUUUAAUGCCACCGAUUUUUCUUUAGGAUCUUUAGAUUUUGGUAACGUUUCAACAUAUCAGCUCCAAUUGAAGAAACCUAAAAAUAACAUAUUAGCCUUUGCGAUUUUUGGCCGAUAUUCAGACUUGGAUCGUCAAGUAAAUUUAAACUCCGUGGUAUGAAUUAGUCAUCUUAUUGUCAGUAAAUUAAUUUUUUGACAACUAUGAACUUAAUCGAUGAUUUCAAUAUGAAUUUAUAUUUUUUAUCGAAUAAAAUGAGAAUUUGGAUUACAUGUGAUUACACCGUCUUAUUAAAGGUUUCGAACUAAUUUUGUUUAGAAUUUCUUUUUAUUGGCAUUUUAUUUGCAAAGUGCAAAAAAUUUCCGUUUUCAAUUUUUAUUUACGUACGUUUGAAAAAAUUAAACACUAAUUUCUCUUAUAUUCAGUUUUGCUUAAACGUACAAUUUGUUGUUGAUAAUUGAUCUAAGAAUUGAUAAUUGAAUCUCAACCAUUAUAUAGGAUGAUCUUGAAAAAUUUUAAUCAGCAAAUUAUUUCUCCACGAUUCAACUAGCAUAAAUGGCAAAGAUUAGCUUAUAUUUAAUAACAUUUGAAAUUCAACUUAAUUAUUUCAUGAUUGUCAAUAAAUUGUACAUCAAAACGUUUAUGGAAUUAUAAAAAACUAAUAAAAUGAGUCUUAUAAUUUUUUUCAUAUUUAAACAUUUUAAUCAAUUGAAUUCAUUCUUGAAUUUUAAAUUAAUAUCCAUCACCGAAAAUGUCACCUUUUCGUUUGCAGAUAAUAUUUUUAAAUUUGCGUCCACUACUUCUCAAAUUUAAUCUUGUUAUUCUUAUUCUUCUCUUGUUAUUAGAUCUUUGUGUCCGAUCUUCGUGUUAAUGUAUUCAAAAAGCUUGUAAAAGAUUGAUAUAUCUCGAUAAAUUAUUGUUAUAAAAAAUAAAACUCUACCGAUCAACAAUUGAUCCCACUAAAUUUUGCGUGCGACG